AUGGCGUUUCUUCGCGGAGUGUCCGACUGCUUCUGGAACUACGUCAGUCCGCGCAAGACACAACAGCGCCGCGAAAAGCCGUAUGCCUUCAAGGUGCCUGCGCUGCCCACUCGAUCCGCUGCUCUGUCAAAACACACCACACCACCGCCUACACGAGACAUGAGUCCCGAAGCGCACGUCAAGACCCGGGGACUCAGCCCACCGAGCACUCACUACGAUAUCGAUGCGACGCUGCUACCGCCCUCCCCACCAGCCUCGGCCAUGUCGUCCAAGGACCUGGAAGGAGAUACCCUGGUCGCGCAUUCGCCCAUCGCACUCGCGAGGGACCACGAAAACGAUGGCUCUUCGGCCGACCUAUGGGAUGCGAACGAAGAGACCAUGGUCGUUGAUGACGGCACCUACAUGGUCGUACAAAAGAAGGUCAACCACGACCAGGAGCGGCACAGACAAGAUCAACAAGCCCGUGAGCUGCGCGAUGCUGGUUGGUCUGAGGACGCCGUCUUUCUCUUUCAGAAGCUGGGCAUGCGCGGAUUUGAGCCAUUGAUGCCCAUCAGCUGGAUCGAUGAUCUCGAGACUGUCCCCGCAGACCUAUUCACCGAGAAUAUCGACAAGGCGUUCAUCAAGCCAGCCUGCGGUACUGAUUACAGUGCGCAGCAUGCUCUCGAGAAGCUGUUCGACCUGGGCGGUGUCGCUCGCGACGCCUGGCAGACGCGGACGAAGCGCGCUCCCCACUUCCAGAUCGGCAAGGCUGUCAAGGCAUACACAAAAUGGGCUAUGAAGGACGGCAGAGUCGAGCAUCUCUGGUCCCAGCUCCCUCUAUUCCAGACCGUCACCUUCUCAAGACAUGUACACCCGGCCGUCGGAGAGCGCAAGAUGAUCGAGAAGCUUGGUCGGCUACACGAGCUAUGGUACGACGCUCUACAGAUCGAUGAGGCAGCAGCCCGCGGAGACGCUAUUGUGCCUGAAGUUCCGACCCUCUAUGGUAUCACUGCAACGCACACCGUCCUGGCGUUUGUGAGCUACGCGCCGCCGACCUUGAAGAACGAACAACCUUCACUACGUUUACUCGCCAUGUACGACUUUAUGCAGGAAGGCUGUGAUGUUUGGAACUCACUUGCUAUCUCCAUCUUCAUCAUUCACGCGAGGAACAGAAUGAUGCAGUUGAGGGAGUGGCUUCCAGAGCCGGAGGUAUCAACCGGCGAAGACCCUGAUCUUUGA